AUGGAUUCACUUGAAGGUGUUGUAAUUGAAACGCUCACCCUUAUUUUGGAGGGGGAAAAAGAAGUGGAGCAGGUCGACAAUCUUUUCAGAGAUCUGCCGAGCGAUCAAAUCGAGAGAACUCAGGAAACCGUACUAGACACACUAUGGACUCUUGAUGCCGAUGUCUCUGAUAAUGUGAAAGAAAGACUUGUGAAAGUCGUUAAAAGACUUCAAACGCACAAGUUCAUUGACACAAGGUUAAUGAAAACGAGGCUUGAAGUACCUUUGUUAGAGGCAACAGAGAUAGUCGAGCCACAAGUAUGGGGUCGAAAGUGCAUCCGCAUUAAUACUGCAAUGACUUAUAAACAGCAAAAAUACAACCUUUUGCGCGAAGAAUCGGAAGGUUAUGCAAAACUCAUACAUGAGCUCACACUCAGUUGUCAUCCAGAAUAUGAAGGAGAAGAUGAAAUUAGUAGAAAUCAAAGGGUGGACACAUUGUUAGACACGAUAAAGACAUUAAUAGGAUAUUUCCAUUUGGAUCCUAACCGCGUUCUGGAUAUCAUACUCGAUGAAUUUAUAUUGAAUGUGAAACCCCAUCACGAAUUCUUUUUGAGGUUAUUGGAAAUAUCUCCUUGGAGGCCUCCAGAAUUAAAAGAUGAAGGCGAAAGAAAACAGAUUAUUUCUUGUGAUUGGACCGCUGAUACUGGAAACCUUAAUUGCGCCGAACUUCUUGGAACUAAAUUUUCGCGUUACGACGGUAAUGACAUGGGAGAUAGUGUACACAAUUCCCUAUACAGAGCUUCUGCUCUCUUGAUCAGUCGUGGACUUGUAAAAAUUUCAGAUUUAUAUCCUUACACUAUUCUUUACAAGGCAACUGAUGAUAGCGACAUUCGACAUCGUUACCGACAUGAGAAGGGCUUGGCUCAAGCUCUCCUUGAAAUUGGUGAUCUUCAACAUUCAUGUUACCUAUUGUUACAACUACCCUCUAUUGACGAACAUCUUGCUAAGUAUCUUUGUAAGAUAUUUGAGAUGGCCAUUUUCGAUAUCUACAAUCCCAUUGCACCCAUAAGUUUAAAGCCACCCGGGCCUGAACCUUAUAUUGCCACUUGGUACAAGCGUUGGAAAGAAGGGUUCCCUGUCAUUAAAAGCUUUGAUGAAUUGCUGGGGACAACGGGGCGAUUGCUCAUUGGCCUAAUAGGCCCCUGGUUUUCAAAGCAUUUAGUAUUAUUCACGUGGAUGUUGAGAAUUUGUCGGCGUCACAUUCUAAAUUCAAGAAACUUGAAUAAUGGCAAGUCUAUUAAAGAAGGAUGGUUCGAUAUAUUAAGGUUGGCGAUAUUGCCAUCCGUUUCUAUGUCCGGAAUCACGGUUGGUGUGGUCAAUGAUGUAUGGGAUAUUUUAAGUCUUUAUCCGUUAGAGAAACGCUUUGGCCUUUAUCACGAGUGGAAAAGAAUCUAUGAUGAACACGAUGAAUUGAAGCUUCGACGAAGAAAAGCCGUAAAGAAGCUUAUCAAAUUGUCUAAUCAAAUGACAUCGGAAGACUAUAAACAAAAAGCUCGUGAAAUUGCAAUGGUGGCUCAUUCUAGACCAACGGUGACUUUUGACUUUUUAUUACGAAAGGUUAAAAUGAAUCCGGACCUGAUUGAAGGCAUGGUCGAAGUGUGCAAAUAUCUAGAUCGUUUAGACUUCGACAUUCUCACGUAUAUGAUUGUUGAGUCUCUGAUCGAGGAAACAAGGCCAAAGCUUAAAGAAGAUGGAGUUAAUCCCAGUGAUUGGAUGCAACGAAUGGCUACUUUUGUUGGGAAAGUUUGCAGUAAAUUUGAAAAAUUUAACAGCGAAAAUAUCACCGUCUUACUACAAUACGUAUUGAUCUCAUUGAGAAAACGUAGUUUCGAAGACUUGGUUAUCAUUAGUCAAAUUGUUACCAGAAUGUCGGGGAUUGUGUAUACCGAAAUUCCUUCAGAGACAGAUUUGGUUCUGAUGGCUGGUGGCAAACAUUUACGUGAUACCAAAUUAUUCAACCGUAGUCUCAUUAAAAAUUACCGCAAAGGAUCCAUAAGAUUAUCCAAUGCACUUAUAUCCAAUGGUCUAGCUGUCCAAAUUGCAGUAUUGCUUGCACAAAUGGCUCAAAGUAUUCCGUUUGAAACCGAAGUCUCUUCAACACUUGAUCUCAAAUCAGUUAUCGGUCAGGCGGAUAUUUGCCGCCGAACUUUCAUACAAUAUGUGGAUUUUUUGGCUAUCACAGCCGACAUGGAUGAAUUUGCGUCGAUUGUACCGUCCAUCAUUGAGCUAUGUAACGAAUAUGCACUAAAAUCGGAACACGCAUUCAUGAUCCUUAGACCGGUCCUCAAUAAUAUUUUAAAGAGGUUCCCCGAAAAGCUAAGGGAAUACACAUCAUCCAAGUCUAUAGCAAAGAAUAUGGAUAAAGUGGUGUCUGAGACAUCUGAAUCCUCUAAGCAAAAUGGAAGCCCUUCGUUGAAUAAGAUCGAAAAUAGUAACACAACCGCUCCAUUUAAUGAUGAUAUCGCCAAUGGUCCAUCAGAGUCAUCAAAACAAGUUGCCAAUGUGACCUCAAACUCCUCGAGAAAAGCGGGGGAGGAAUCCGAGUUAUUGAAUAAUAGUGAGAACAUUUCCAAGAGUUCAGGUGACGUAUCCAUUACCGAGUCUUCAAAAGGUGGCGAUGUUAAUUCCGUUUCCAAGACGGCCAGUGCAAAUGCAGCCUGGCUACCACCAUUGCUUAACCUCUUCGAUCAGGUCUCGAAGAUUUUACCGUCAUAUGUUUGGAGCGGAAUUAGUCCAGCUUUUUAUGUCACGUUUUGGCAAUUAUCCUUAUAUGAUUUAGAAUGCCCACGAGCAGAGUAUCAGAGGGCGAUACAAGAAAUUCAAAACCAAAUACCAGUGGACAUCAAUUGUGAUCCGAAUAAGGAUAAAAAUAAAUAUGUUAGAUCUGCAAAGAACCUCGAGGAGGAGUUUAAUGAUCACAGUCAACACAUAAAAAAGAUUGAUGAACGUUUGAAGAAUGAGAAAGAGCAUUGGUUUUCCGGUCAAUUUUCCAAUCGCCAGGAUAUAAUUACUCAAUUAUGGCAAUAUUGCCUAUUUCCUCGUCUUCUCGUUUCUCCAGAUAAUGCCAUUUUCUGUUCCAAAUUCAUUGAGCGUAUGCACAAAAUUGGUACCGCCAAUUUUUCUACUCUUACUCUUUAUGAUAGAAUAUUUGCAGACCAACUGCAGCUCAUCACAUUCACAUGCUCUGAAGCUGAAGCAAGAAACUAUGGUAUUUUCCUGAGGACCAUCUUACAAUCUUUAAGCAGUCUUCACAGAGAUGAAAGAACCUAUAACAAAAUUGGGAAGGGAAGAGGAAUUCCGGGCUUUCAGAUGAAAUGGAGUUCUCAAAAUCGGCAACCCGCAAGUGUUUCUGAAACUGAUCUGUUGGGAUAUCAGGAUUUUAGAAGAGUAUUUUAUAAAUGGCAUUCGAAGCUUUAUAAGGCUUUUGAACAAGGACUGCAAUCGCAAGAAUAUCUAUCAUUGCGGAAUUCAAUUAUAGUUAUCAGCACGAUACAUGAGUAUUUUCCGGCUAUCGAUAUUUUUGGCAAGAAAAUUGAAAACUUGAUCAAAGCUGUUAUCGCAGAACAAUGCACCAAAUGGAAGGACAUUGAGGUCUUGGCCAUAAGUUAUUCUGGAAGGCUUCAACUUGAUAAGAAAAAUUGGGUCGCCCUUGAAGAUUUCCGUCAUACAGAAAAUUCUCAAACGAGCACUAGGCAGAGUGCAUCGCAUUCUAACGCAUCGCAGGCAGGUCAUUCAUCGUCACCCGCACAAAGAAUCACACAGGCUCAUGGAGCUAAUAGGGCUAGUCCACUUCCUAAUGUUCGAAGUGCACAUUCCUCUCCAUCUCAUGCCAACACCACGACCAGAACAGAUAGUCCCAGAAGACAAAUUCAUCCAUUGCCUGAUAAACCUCAGGAUCGUAUUCAAAAAGAACGUGACAGAGAGAGGGAAGAUGAUCAUGAUAAAAUUCGAAUAAAAGAUAAAAAGGAAGUCCAAAAUGAUCAUGACAAAGAAACCAAAAAAAUUGACGAUCACAAGGAAAUUAAAAAAUCCGACCAUCAUGAUCGUGAUAGAGGAAGGGAUCGCGACCGAUCCAAGGCAGAAGUUGCGAGAGUGGAUGGUGAGAAAAGAAAGUCAAGUAAAGAAAGGUUACCUAUAGAUGAUCGUGGCAAGAGAGCUGAGUAUCAUCCUCGCGUGAGAGACCGAGAUGUUCGUGACCGUGACGAAAAGGUCAAGGAUCGUGAAAAACGUGACGACCGUCGUGAUGACCGUCGUGAUGAAAAACGUGAUAAAGGGAAAGAAAAGGAACGCGAAAGAAGCAGAGAUCUUGAUCGUGAUCGAGAACGGGAACAUAAUCGGGACAGGGAUGAUCGCGACCGUCAUCGAAACGACAAUGGACGUAGCAGACGUCAUGAUGAAGUGAUUCGGAGAACUCGCAAAAAUGAUCACGAUUUGCUUGAUCGAGCCGUUCGUGAUGAUCGAGAUAUACCAUUCAAUGCUAGAAAUGAUCGUGGGGACAAAUAUAUGGGCCUUUCUAAAAAGCGAGACCGCAAUGAAAGAGAUCAUGACGAUGAAACUGAAGUGGAUCUUAUGAGUAAAAAACGUAGUAUGAGGAACGAUGGUAUGGCACCCAUUUCUUACCCGUCGAAUCCUAAAAAGAGAGAAAGGACCGAACGGGAGCGCGAUGAUGAUCCGGAACCGGGCCCUAUUACAAAGAGAGGAAGUGUUGAUGGAUUAAAUGUUCCUCGCACACCGGUUAAACUUAAUCGUUCAAUGGAACACAUUAAUGAACUAAUGGCGCCGAUGCCUAGUGGUGGUUCGUUUGGGGGGAAGAGGAAUGAGGGUGAUAAACGUGAGCUUAGGAGGCGAUAUUAG